AUGGAGGCGCGAGAAAAGGGAGGGGCGAGAAAAGAGAGGCGCGAGAAAAGAGAGGUGCGAGAAAAGGGAGGGGCGAGAAAAGAGAGGCGCGAGAAAAGAGAGGAGCGAGAAGAGAGAGGGGCGAGAAGAGUGAGAGUUGCGAGACGAGAGAGGAGCAAGAAAAGAGAGGAGCGAGAAAAGGGAGGUGCGAGAAAAGGGAGGAGCGAGAGGAUCGAGAAAAGAGAGGAGCGAGAGGAGCAAGAAGAGAGAGGAGUGAGAGGAACGAGAAGAGAGAGGAGCGAGAAAAGAGAGGUGCGAGAAAAGAGAGGGGCGAGAAAAGGGAGGAGCGAGAAAAGGGAGGAGCGAGAAAAGGGAGGAGCGAGAAAAGGGAGGUGCGAGAAAAGGGAGGAGCGAGAGGAUCGAGAAAAGAGAGGAGCUAGAGGAGCAAGAAGGGAGAGGAGUGAGAGGAGCGAGAAGAGAGAGGAGCGAGAAAAGAGAGGAGCGAGAAAAGAGAGGAGCGAGAAAAGGGAUCGGCGAGAGGAGCGAGAAAAGAGAGGGGCGAGAAAAGAGAGGAGCGAGAAAAGAGAGGAGCGAGAAAAGAUAGGAGCGAGAAAAAAGAGCGAGAAAAGAGAGUGGCGAGAGGAGCGAGAAAAAAGCAAAGAGAGACGCGAGAAAAGAGAGGAGCGAGAAAAGGGAGGUGCGAGAAAAGGGAGGAGCGAGAGAAUCGAGAAAAGAGAGGAGCGAGAGGAGCAAGAAGAGAGAGGAGUGAGAGGAGCGAGAAGAGAGAGGGGCAAGAAGAGAGAGGAGCGAGAGUUGCGAGACGAGAGAGGAGCGAGAAGAGAGAGGAGCGAGAAAAGAGAGGAGCGAGAAAAGGGAGGUGCGAGAAAAGGGAGGAGCGAGAGGAUCGAGAAAAGAGAGGAGCGAGAGGGGCAAGAAGAGAGAGGAGUGAGAGGAACGAGAAGAGAGAGGAGCGAGAAAAGAGAGGUGCGAGAAAAGAGAGGUGCCAGAAAAGAGAGGAGCGAGAAAAGAGAGGAGCGAGAAAAGGGAGGAGCGAGAAAAGGGAGGAGCGAGAGGAUCGAGAAAAGAGAGGAGCUAGAGGAGCAAGAAGAGAGAGGAGUGAGAGGAGCGAGAAGAGAGAGGAGCGAGAAAAGAGAGGAACGAGAAAAGAGAGGGGCGAGAAAAGAGAGGAGCGAGAGGAGCGAGAAAAGAGAGGAGCGAGAAAAGGGAUCGGCGAGAGGAGCGAGAAAAGAGAGGAGCGAGAGGCGCGAGAAAAGAGAGGAGCAAGAAAAGAGAGAGGAGCGAGAAAAAAGCGAAGAGAGACGCGAGAAAAGAGAGGAGCGAGAAAAGGGAGGUGCGAGAAAAGGGAGGAGCGAGAGAAUCGAGAAAAGAGAGGAGCGAGAGGAGCAAGAAGAGAGAGGAGUGAGAGGAGCGAGAAGAGAGAGGGGCAAGAAGAGAGAGGAGCGAGAGUUGCGAGACGAGAGAGGAGCGAGAAGAGAGAGGAGCGAGAAAAGAGAGGAGCGAGAAAAGGGAGGUGCGAGAAAAGGGAGGAGCGAGAGGAUCGAGAAAAGAGAGGAGCGAGAGGGGCAAGAAGAGAGAGGAGUGAGAGGACCGACAAGAGAGAGGAGCGAGAAAAGAGAGGAGCGAGAAAAGAGAGGUGCCAGAAAAGAGAGGAGCGAGAAAAGAGAGGAGCGAGAAAAGGGAGGAGCGAGAAAAGGGAGGAGCGAGAGGAUCGAGAAAAGAGAGGAGCUAGAGGAGCAAGAAGAGAGAGGAGUGAGAGGAGCGAGAAGAGAGAGGGGCGAGAAAAGAGAGGAACGAGAAAAGAGAGGGGCGAGAAAAGAGAGGAGCGAGAAAAGAGAGGAGCGAGAAAAGGGAUCGGCGAGAGGAGCGAGAAAAGAGAGGAGCGAGAAAAGAGAGGAGCGAGAGGAGCGAGAAAAGAGAGGAGCAAGAAAAGAGAGAGGAGCAAGAAGAGAGAGGAGUGAGAGGAGCGAGAAGAGAGAGGAGCGAGAAAAGAGGUGCGAGAAAAGAGAGGUGCGAGAAAAGAGAGGGGCGAGAAAAGGGAGGGGAGAGAAAAGGGAGGAGCGAGAAAAGGGAGGUGCGAGAAAAGGGAGGUGCGAGAAAAGGGAGGAGCGAGAGGAUCGAGAAAAGAGAGGAGCGAGAGGAGCAAGAAGAGAGAGGAGUGAGAGGAGCGAGAAGAGAGAGGAGCGAGAAAAGAGAGGAACGAGAAAAGAGAGGUGCGAGAAAAGAGAGGGGCGAGAAAAGGGAGGGGAGAGAAAAGGGAGGAGCGAGAAAAGAGAGGAGCGAGAAAAGGGAGAAGCGAGAAAAGGGAUCGGCGAGAGGAGCGAGAAAAGAGAGGAGCGAGAAAAGAGAGGAGCGAGAAAAGAGAGGUGCGUGAGGAGCGAAAAAAGAGAGGCGCGAAAAAAGAGAGGAGCGAUAAAAGAGCGUAGAGAGGAGCGAGAAAAGAGAGUGGCGAGAGGAGCGAGAAAAGAGCAAAGAGAGGAGCGAGAAAAGGGAGGAGCGAGAAAAGGGAGGUGCAAGAAAAGAGAGGAGCGAGAGGAGCAAAAAAAGAGAGGAGCGAUAAAAGAGCGUAGAGAGGAGCGAGAAAAGGGAGGUGCGAGAAAAGGGAGGUGCGAGAAAAGGGAGGAGCGAGAGGAUCGAGAAAAGAGAGGAGCGAGAGGAGCAAGAAGAGAGAGGAGUGAGAGGAGCGAGAAGAGAGAGGAGCGAGAAAAGAGAGGAACGAGAAAAGAGAGGUGCGAGAAAAGAGAGGGGCGAGAAAAGGGAGGGGAGAGAAAAGGGAGGAGCGAGAAAAGAGAGGAGCGAGAAAAGGGAGAAGCGAGAAAAGGGAUCGGCAAGAGGAGCGAGAAAAGAGAGGAGCGAGAAAAGAGAGAGCGUAGAGAGGAGCGAGAGGGGCGAGAAAAGAGAGGAGCGAGAAAAGGGAGGCGCGAGAAAAGGGAGGAGCGAGAAAAAGGAGGUGCGAGAAAAGAGAGAGGAGCGAGAAAAGAGAGGAGCGAGAAAAGAGAGAGGAGCGAGAGGAGCGAGAAAAGAGAGGAGCGAGAGGAGCUAGAAAAGAGAGGAGAGAGAGAGGAGCGAGAAAAGAGGAGAGAGAAGGGCGAGGAGAGAGAAGGGCAAGAAGAGAGAGGAGAAGAGAGAGGAGCGAGAAAAGAGAGGAGCGAGAAAAGAAAGGAGAGAGAAAAGGGAGGAGCGAGAACAGGGAGGUGCGAGAAAAGAGAGGAGCAAGAAAAGAGAGGUGCGAGAAAAGAGAGGAGCGAAAAAAAGAUGCGCGAGAAAAGAGAGGAGCGAGAAAAGAGAGGAGCGAAAGGAUCGAAAAAAAGAGGGGCGAGAAAAGAGAGGAGCGAGAAAAGAAAGGAGAGAGAGGAGCGAGAAAAGAGAGGGGCGAGAAGAGAGAAGGGCGAGAAGAGAGAAGGGCGAGAAAAGACAGGAGCGAGAGGAGCGGGAAAAGAGAGGAGCAAGAAAAGAGCGUAG